AAGGCUCACGACUCGGGCACAGGCUGGUUGGUAACAUACACACAGAGACAGCGGCCGAGCCCGCAGCGUCGCCUUCAACUCAAACCGGGGCUAUUGACGUCGGUGGCCAUUCGCCGCGUAAAGAAAAAUGCCGUCUCGCCUGGAGGAUUAUGAACUGCUGGAGAGUAUCGGCUCCGGUUCUUACGGCAGGUGCCAGAAGAUCAGACGGAAGUCGGACGGGAAGGUCCUGGUCUGGAAGGAGAUGGACUAUGGAUCCAUGUCUGAGGCAGAGAAACAGAUGCUUGUCUCGGAGGUGAACUUGCUUCGUGAACUUAAACACCCAAACAUUGUUCGGUAUUAUGACCGCAUUAUUGACCGAACAAAUGCAACAUUGUACAUAGUAAUGGAGUUCUGUGAAGGAGGAGAUUUGGCCAGUCUGAUUAACAAGUGUAUACGAGAAAGGCGGUAUUUAGAAGAAGAUUUUGCCCUGCGUGUUCUUGCUCAAUUAGCUUUGGCCUUACGAGAAUGUCACAGACGCAGUGAAAGUGGGCGCACAGUGCUACACAGAGAUCUCAAGCCUGCUAAUGUCUUUCUUGAUGUACAGCAUAAUGUCAAACUAGGUGAUUUUGGUUUGGCUAGGAUUUUGCAACAUGACACUAGUUUUGCCAAAACUUUUGUUGGCACUCCAUAUUACAUGUCUCCAGAACAAAUUAAUCACAUGUCUUACAAUGAGAAGUCUGACAUAUGGUCCUUGGGAUGUCUGUUGUAUGAACUUUGUGCACUUUCCCCACCUUUCACUGCAUAUAAUCAGAAGGAAUUAGCAGAGAAAAUAAGAGAGGGCAAGUUUAGACGAAUUCCUUAUCGGUAUUCUGAUGAACUGAAUGAACUCCUUGGCAGGAUGCUAAACCUUAAGGAAUAUCUGAGGCCUUCUGUGGAUGAGCUAAUACAGCACAUCUUGAUUGCUGAUUUGGUGGCUGAAGAGCAGCGAAAAAUAUCAGCUGAAAGACGAGGGAAGAGAUCUUUAGAGAAUGAAAAUCUCCAGGACAGUGACCCACUGGUGACUGAGCUGAAACUUAAAGAGGAACAGCUUCAUAACAGAGAGAAGGCCUUGAAAGAAAGAGAAGAGUUUCUUGAACAACGUGAACGGGAGCUUUGCAUUCGAGAGAGACUGGCAGAAGAAAAGUUUUCUAGGGCAGAGAGCAUAUUGAAGAACUACACCUUGAUGAAGGAACAGCAAAUACUGAAGACAGCAGUCCUUAGAUUAGGUGAUUAUAUAGGCACAGGAUCCUCUCCAGGGAAGAAAAAAGUUCAUUUUGCAGGAGAAAGUAAAGAAAACAUGCACUUCAGGGAAAGUGAUGCAACAAAACGACUUAAUAAACCAAAGAAUUUGGAUCUGAAGAAAAGAUUGCAAGCUGCUAACCUCCGUGCCAGAGCAUUAUGUGAAAUGGAAAAAAAUUACCAACUAAAAAGCCGACAACUUUUGGGCAUGCGCUAAUUCGUCUGCGCUGGACACUUCUUUAAAAAAAAAAAUUGAUUCUGUGAAAGGCUGCGAUUUGUAGAAUGGUGAUCUAUCAUGACUUUGGUCUCUUACUGUGCACACCUCAUACAUUGAAUCUUGGUUUAGUCUCAACUUUUGCUUUCACAUUCACAUGAAAGAAGCAUCUAAAAAUCAUCCGCUUGUUUUCAUCUCGUGCCAUGAUUCAUCUUAUCCUGUGGCAUGUUGCUGCCCUACCGAGGCUCUCUGCACAUGCGAAUCACAUACUACCUUCCCAAGUGCAACAAUUGUUCUUCACACUUCACACCCUACAGCAAAUACUAGGCUGUUAUGGCCCCUUGAAAUGCACCAUUUCUUGACCUUGCUGUCGUACAUUUAUUUCUAUUAUACUCUCCACUGUACUAAUGCAACUACUUUUUUGUAAGAGAUCAGAUUAGUUGUAAAAUACUUCUAAGAAAACUUUAGUUUGGGGUAAACAGCUUCAUUGUAAAAUUUGUAAUCAAUUUAUUUUUCCAUUCUAUGUAUAAACUUUAAUUUCUAAAAAUGUACAGUUUGUGUUCACGUAGUACAUGUAUAAUUUAUGGAGGCAACUCAACUUUGGGGGCAGUAAACUGGCUGUAUCAAUCUGGCUGCCCACUAUAUAUCCUGCCUGUCAUUUCCUUUCCAGGGAAAAGAAAAUUGCACAGAGUUAUAUCAGACGAGCAAUUGGAUACCACCAGUUUUUUUGCUCCAUUGAAGUUGAAAGUUGUUUUUUGGAUAUAAUGAAAACCUGGUUGCUAGUUUUCUAUUCUUUGAUACAGCAAUAUAGAUAUAAAUUUAAAUUAUUUGUGUAUGACCACAAUUGAUAAAAAUCCAUUUUUUACCUA